AUGCUUCGUGUUCAACUCGCUGCAGUAGAGAAUAUGACGAAGAUGCACCUGCUGCAUCAGAGUUUGAACAUCAGGGAGGACAUCGAGGAGCUGAGACAAACGCUCGAUAACGUGCAUGAAGGCGAUUUGGAGGAAAUUCAGAAGAUUCUCGAAGACACUACCGUGCUCUACGAUCAGAUCUCACAAAAUAUCGUGAUACCUUCUCAGUCGGAUUCGUGGACAAUGACUGAAUCAUUUGAAGCUGAAUCUGAUUAUUCCGACGAAGAGGAGGAUACCAAACAGGACAGCGAGUGGCAAGCGGAAAUGACUGCUAUACAGAACACUCAUCAAUCCGAAAUGGAGACGAUUCGACAUCAUUAUGAGCAUCAGCUGAAGAGCAUGCGGGAGCGCAUUGAGCAUGAAGAAGCUCGCCGAAGAAAGUUGCAAGAAGAACUUGUGCAAAUAACGACUCGCAAUGACCAAUCUCUUACCACUGUAAAAGCCUCAUUUGAGGACGUUCUUGAAGAGCAACGGAACGGAUUUCAAGAGGAAAUGGAGCAGCUCAAGAGGGAACAUCAGAAAGAGCUGGAGGAGGAGAAAGCCGCCACUAGAUUGGCUCUGGAAGCCGUGAGGCGAGCGCAUGAGGAGGAGUUGAAAGCAGCCACAUCACGAAAGGUGAAUAUUGAAAAGGAUCGCGACGGAACCAGGCAGAAUUUCAGCGCCAUGCUGGAACAAAUGCGGGAAGAACUGACAAACCUCUCAGCUGCUUACUCGGCAAAAUGCAUCGAGAAUGCUCAACUUGAUGAGCGACUGUCAGCAUUGAUGGAAGAGCGUGAACGCGGAGGUGACAGGUGAAU